AAUGUUACUAACGAAAAUUGCAAAUAACAAUACAAACAGAGUGAUAUGGAUGACGAUGGGUAACUGUAGUAUAAAAUGGUGUCGGACGUAACUAAGUAGUUCGGCUCGUGGUCAAGUAUUUCAAAGUAAUAAAAAAUGAAAUAAAUGAAAUUCAUUUAUUUCGGACAAUAAGGAAUCCAUAUCCAUAUAUCCGUUAUACACAGUGUUUUUUUAUUUCCGUUAAUUUCGAGGGUGCAUUCCUGAGCUUAAAUUAAGUAACUUUCUCAAAGACACCGGUAUUCUAAUUAACCCCAUUUCGGAGAUAAUCAAUCAUUCAUUUUUAUCUUAUAAGGCCCUUACGAGCAUGUACACUUGCCUUAGGGCCUGUUUACAUAUUGAUUAGUGUUUAGUGCGAGUUCAUACAUUUGCUACUAAACGUAAGUACUAUCUCGGACGAUCGAUGUUCGAAAUGACAUUGAUAUGUCACAGUUUUCAAUUGUUUGGUUGAGUUAAACGUAAUGCCCGUGUUACAACAACGCUAUAUGCAACAUUUAGUUACUUUUUAUAAAAAUAAAAAUAGUUAAAAGAAUAACAAUAUAUUUUUUUUAAAUUAACUAUGCCAUUUAGUUUCCUUAAACUUACCGAUACCCCGAAGUUAACGGAAUUCAAUAAAAACACGGUGUAUAUGUAUAUAACGUAAAGGUCUGAUUUCAUGUUCUUGCACACAUCAGUCUUAUUCUGUCAAUAAGACUGGACCAGGCUAGAUCCACCUGGAAAUAGUAAAAGAGCCCUUAUGGCAGUCUACGUAUCUAAAUUGUUUUAUGACAGAGUCUGUGUGUGGUAGUCUGUGGCACCACAAUACGCGCGGUUUUGACAUCAAUCUUAUUGCAUUUAUAAACGGGGAAUCGGUAGAAAUAUGCACAGUUUGCAAACAGCUCCAGCAGCAAUAGUUUACUUUUUAGUAAAACAAGCUUUUAAAUUUAAAAUGCAUAAAUACGCAAUCGUCGCCCUCGCCCUGUUCGCUGUGGCUCUCGCAGCGCCGCAACACCAAGACCAACAGCCUCCUGUGGAGAUCCUCAGGCAGGACGCCAUCGUAGGUCCCGAAGGGUACCACUUCGAGUUCGAGACAAGUGACGGCACCUCCCGCCAAGAGCAAGGCCAGCUGAAGCAGAUCAGCGAAGACCACAAGGCCAUCGAGGUGCAGGGCAGCUACAAGUACACUGCGCCCGACGGCGUGGUGUACACCGUCACUUACACCGCCGAUGAGAACGGCUUCCAGCCGCAGGAGCACGUCGACCAGGGGCAGGGGCAGCAGGGGCAACAGUACCCGCAGUACCAGCAAUAAAUACUAACAUACUAAAUUAACCAUUGGUAGAGCUUAACUCGUUGCAUUAAGGGUCACAAAUGGUCAGUCUACUCGACUCUACAAGAACAUUGCCGUGGAAUACUGUAGCCACAAAAUUGAUACCUGAAAUAGGGUAUAAUUUUAUUUUUAUACGGUACGCUUUGUGGUAAAUACAUAGUCAAAUAUUUACCUUGGCAUACUUGUUGCCAUCUACAAAAGGUAUUAUGUUUGCAACUACAAUUAUUUAAGAUUACAUUUAUUUUUGCGGCCUGUUACUCCUAUAGCUAUCAUACGAUACAUACAUUUAACAAAAAGGGAUCGUUUUUCUGGAUUCAUAAGAAUCAAAGGCCAUUUUUCUAUCCCAAAGGAUUGUUUGAUAUGAAUGCUUAACGUCUUUCGAAAAUUAGGAUUUAUGUGUAGGUUUUACUACACGUUCAGAUUGUUAUUUCUUGCUUUGUUGUUAAUUUUCUUCUGAAUUUACUAACUAUUCAUGUUUUUUAUAAGCUUUUGUAAUUAUUUUUGUACAGGUUUUUAAAUAUAUUUGUUAUUAUUUUA